CCUGUUUUAGAAUUUGAUCUUAUGGGGCCAUUAGCAGAAAUUUUAUCUACAAAUUAUUUAUAUAUAAUUAAUGAGUUUUCUGAAUUUGCAUAUAUGUGGUUUGAAGAGUUUCAUGAAAAAACAAAAACAACAAUGUGCCAAACUAUAGGUUAUAUUCUUAAGGGUCAAUAUGUUAUUUUUCAUGUGUUUAGACAUUUUAUUUAUAGUAAUUUGGUCAAAGAGAAGCAAAAAAAGAGUGUUCAAAUUAAGAAGCCACAUAGUGAAUAUUUAAGAAAUACUGGCUGUUUAGCAACAAUUAGAUUUUGUAUUAAAAAACAUUAUUUAAAAAGUUCAUACCCUCUUGAA